UUAUAAUCAGUGGAGGCCCAUUUAAAGCCCAAAACUAAGGAACGCGGACUUUAAAGUUGACUUCCAUCUCCAUUCUCGAAUUCGAUAACCCUAAUUUUCACACGACCAAGGAGAAGCCGUCUCGCUCUUCCCACCACCGCUGAUUACUUGAGAUGUCGCGUGUGUACGUUGGUAAUUUGGAUCCGCGAGUUACUGAGCGUGAGCUCGAAGAUGAGUUUCGUGUCUAUGGAGUCAUCAAGAGUGUUUGGGUUGCAAGACGUCCACCUGGUUAUGCCUUUCUUGAUUUUGAAGACUCAAGGGACGCCCGUGACGCCAUUCGUGAUUUAGAUGGCAAGAACGGAUGGAGGGUAGAGGAGUCUCAUAACCGAGGUGGUGGUGGAGGCCGUGGUGGACGUGGAGGAGGUGACGGUGGUCGUGGCCGUGGUGGUUCUGAUUUGAAGUGCUAUGAGUGUGGCGAGCCUGGUCACUUUGCACGUGAAUGCCGCUCUCGUGGCGGAUCUGGCAGGCGUCGCAGUCCUUCUCCUCGUGGUCGCAGUCCUCCUAGAUACAGGAAGAGCCCUACCUAUGGAGAAAGGCGCAGGAGCUAUAGCCCUCGCGCGAGAUCUCCUCCUCCUCCGAGGCGUCGCAGUCCUUCUCCUCGUGGACGCAACUACAGUAGGUCACCUCCACCUUACAGAGGACGUGAGGAGGUGCCAUAUACUAAUGGAAAUGGUCUGAAAGAUGUGCGCAGAAGCCGGAGCUGAGUGUUAAGGGAUGGAUGAGGAAAACUACUGUUUGCUUGCGACGUCAAGAAGACAGCUUAAGGAAAACUAAUAUAUGUAUUUCACUUAAAGAAUCAUUUUUUAGCUGUUGGGUGGAUUGGAUAUGCUUUGCUACUUUUGUCUGCCGUGGUUAUGUCUACCGUUAGGUAAACGUAUUUUAAUAUUCCUACUUAAGUUCUUAAAACAGAAGUUCUGAGUGUUUUGUUUUAUUAUGUCGAGGUUUCGUCCGUA